CUGGUCUUUGCAAUUUAUUUAGAACCUUUCUGUUUAUCUCUAAUAAGUAACGAAAAAAUCAAUGGUUAUAAGCUUGAAUCGUCCCAUGUUAAAGUGCUUGCAUAUGCUGAUGACGUCGCAAUCUUUUGUACAGAUCGCCAAAGUGUACUAGAGACGAUAAGCGAUGCUAAAAGAUAUUGCAGGCAAACCGGAUGCGAGAUCAAUUGGGACAAGAGCAUCGGAUUUUGGCACGGAACUUGGGACAACACACCGUCUGUCUUUGCCAAUUUACAAUGGUCCGUGUCUCCUACGAAAUAUUUGGGGGUACCGCUUGAGCACUACGAGAGUGCCGCGCAGUACUGGGAGGAAGAGACGUCGCGCGUAAAAGAGAAAACCGGAGGAUGGCAGGGUCAUGAUUUGUCAAUGUUUGCAAGGGCAACGGUUUGUAAUUUGUAUUUAAUUGCCAAAGUGUGGUAUGUCCUCCAAUUUUUGUCGAUGACCCGUGUGAAUGUACAGAAAAUACACAGAGUAUUUGCUGUUUUUAUCUGGGGUUCCACUUGGGAAAGGGUCAGCCGUACCAACUUGUUUCGUCCUGUUCGAGAUGGUGGUCUUGGAUUGUCGCAUUUGUUCUUACGACAGAUUGUUUCUCGUUUUGUCUUCUUACGAGAUCGAAGUGAUUCAUUCUUGCGUACGAUGAUCCAGAUCCGUUUGAAAAGCGUUUUGCCUGAAUUUAUUGUGUCUAGUGCACAGCCUGUACACUAUCGGCUUAAAGGCUACUUGCGAGAGGUAGUCGACUCCCUUCGAAUAUUAAAAGCUCGGUUUUCCCUUCAGUACCUGAGCACAGUAACAAGAAAGAAACUUUACAAGGAUUUAGUUGAAGUUAUGAUGCCAGUGCCAUUGUACCGAAUGAAUUACUAUGGAGGCCCAGGACAAGAUGUUUUAAAAAGAGUUAAAAGGAUGCCAGUGAGAGCAAGCGUAAAGUCGUUCUUCUUUAAAUUGCAUACAUCUACCCUUCCGGUCAAAACAUGGAUAGCCGACAAAGGAAUAUUUGUACCAUGGACGACAAACUGUGCGCUAUGCAACAAGCCGGAGACCAUUGAGCACGCUUUCAUUGAGUGCUGGGAUGCAAUUUUUUAUUGGGACGUCUUGCAAAGAACUCUUAAAAAGGAACUGCCGAUAACAGCACACGGUAUACGUUUCCUGCCGGUAGACAGCCAUCAGGGCUUUCCGUACGACAUGAUAAUGCUCCUGGGCCUCCAUAGCCUUUGGAAGACACGGAUGGCGGUAACGCACGCCGAUGUGAAUGCGCGCUCAGCACGAGAAAACUUUGUUGAAAGCAUUAUCUUCAUACGCGAGAUAUAUCGUGUACAGGCAGAUCCGCCUGACUGGUUGGGUAUUCUUGAUGAAUUAGUGAAUUUCAAGAAAUUUUAGCUUGUCACGUUGGUCCAAGUAGCCCAACGGGCUUUUAUGUAUGUAUGUCAUUUUGUGAAUAAAAAAAAAAAAAAAAAAACUCGUGGCUCAGUGGUAACGUCUCCGUCUCACACUCCGGAGAACCUGGUUCGAUUCCCGCCAGCCCAUCUUGCAAGAUGUUUUUUAUUUAUGAAGUGCCUUUAUCGCUCGCCACCGACGCCGAUGACACCGGCUUUUCUGCGACACGAGCUCCUUAACGCUGUCGCGGUAAAAUUCAAGCGGGAGACACAUGGUGCGAUUUUGGGUGCGAUCGGUCGUACGACCACUCGCAUUGGCAGCCGCACUCAACAGGUUCUAAACCAAAUCUGCCACACGCGGCGCCCGAAUCGCACGCCACGCAUGCGACCAAUUGGGCCUCUUCGAUUUUCGGAGUUCUGGCAGCCCGCUGGGAGCCAGACGGCAGCCAGCUAGUUCCGGUUCUGACAGGAAGUCACGUGGGCUGGGAUCCCAAGACAACCCGAACCUGCCCGAAGU